GCGGCGCCCGCGGGAGCGCGAGCCGGGACGGAGCGGCGGCGGCGGGAGCUCGGGGUCGCGGCUCGGUGGGGACGGCGGGGCCACCUCCGGGCCGUGCCCCUGACCUGCGCCGGAGCUCAGCUCGGCUCACAGCCCCGAAGCCCGGCAUUCUCCACAGCUACCGAUUUCAAACGUUGACCUUUUCGGCCCUCGGGGCGUCUACUGUCUAUGGCUGCCACGAAGGCUCCGAGCUACGGCGAAUAUUUCAGUCCCGAAAGGUUGAAGGAAUGGCCGGAGCCGGAGUCCGUUUCUUUCAUGGAGGUAUUAGCUAGAGAAGACAUUGAUGAGGCUGUCCAUGCAAUAUUAUUCAGAGAAAAUCACGCUGUGAAGCAAUUGGAUACGUAUAUUCAGCAUCUGGCUAUUUUCAAGGAAAGAAGAAGAGAGAUGAUACAUAAGAAAUGGGUCCAAAGUGUUGCUGAUCCUCUUCAGCAGAGAAUUAUGGAAAAAGUAAUUUCAUACAGAGGAGUUGAAAAAAUGAAACAAGAGAAUUUUGAACACUUCUUAAAGCACACAAAUAAAACGGAAACUGUGUUUGGAGACCAUUAUAAUCCUGACGUGUACGACCCUUUUUAUAUGAAGAAAAAGGACCCGAAUUAUGGAAAGGUUACAGUCCCACCAUUUUGUGAUCCUCUGUUCCGAAGACAGCAGGAGGUAGACCAGGAGAGGAGAGCGAACCUUGAGUACGAGACAGGAAAACGGUACUCCAUGCAGGAAUUUAAAGAAGUAGAGAAGGCCGGGCUGCGGGCCAGGUUGCCCCAGUCACUUUCACCUUGCACGGUGCGAUUCCAAAAGGGCGGCAUCCAGGCUCCGCGCGAGGUGGAGCUCGUGGGAAACGCAGGUCUCAGGAGCCCGACAGCAGAGCCCUCACUCCUGGGCGCCUGGGGACGGCACGCAGAGAGGGACGCCUCCGCCUCUGGAGGGAAGAGUGAUGGCGGCAGAGGCCCUGGGCAGGCACCUGGCGUCCCUGCACACGACGGCCCAGCAGGACCACGGCUGGUACUAAGGAGGCUUCGUUAGCUCAAGUUCGCAGUGUCCGUACCACAGUGAAAAUACCGCAGUGGUGUUCUGUCUCUCCAGGAGUGGAGAGAGUGCAAGAAAUGCACAAAUAAAAACAGGUGAUUUUUGAGCCCCCGUUGAGAAUCGGGGACUACUUCGUGUUCACUGAGAAGUGUUAACAGCGAGGUCGCAUUAUUGCCUUGCAGGCCAGGACACCCACAGACACUCGCGCUCCUGCUCGCUCGCCCUCUCAGCUUCCAGAGCACAGGUUCAUCCCCAGGGCACACCUGCCCUCACUGGGCGUGCUCCGCGAGCCUGCCGCUCAGACUGGGCGUGCGGGUCAGCUGCUGGGAACGCACACGCCCAGUGCCCGCCCUCCCAGCAUCCCGCUGCCCAGGAGCACGGCAGGGGCUUGGGCCUCCUCGCUGCAGGGCAUCCACUCCGCCCUUCCCGGGGACGCUCGGGGGCCCAGGCCACCUCCCGCCUUCCCCGUGUCCCCCAGAAAUCAGGCUCACAGUGGUUUCUGAAAGGGCAGCUCUGCGUCCCUAGGUCGGGGCGUGGCCGGAGCGUGGCCCGAGUUGCUGGGGGUACUGAUGCUGCACACCCUCCAGUCCCUAGGUCGGGGCGUGGCCGGAGCAUGGCCCGAGUUGCUGGGGGUACUGAUGCUGCACCCCCUCCAGUCUCACCGGCGCUGUCGGACUCAUCCUGCAGGCCCUGGGCCCUGCCUGCCUGCAGGUGACGGCAGCACUAGCCAGUCUCCCUGGUGGGAACCCGAGGAUUAUUCUGCAGCUGCGGUCACAGGUGACCCCAGAACCGGUUUCACAACUGCCCGAUUCAUCUGAAAACCAGCCAGACCAAGGCUCACUCGGACACCAGCCCACCCCUGGCUCUGGGACCCAGGAAACAGGCUUCCCACCGGCUGGCGGUGUCAGCAGGUCGCUCUGCUCAGUGACUCCGGGCCGGCAGAGCGAGCUCCCGGGAAUGCAGCGGUUUCACAUACUGAUGUCUGCAUUCUACCUAGUCUGCCCGGCGACAGGACCUCAGAUGAGGAAGCGGCGGGUUUAAGUUUGGAUAGACUGAAUUGUGUUUUCCAGCCUUCUGUGCCCCGAACUGGAAUGGGGCCCGGCACACAUGCCCAGGCCCGUGGGGGUCUGACUCCUUCCGGGUUCUUCCAGCCGCGGGAUCCGCUUCCUGAGAAGCCAGGGCUCCGCAGCCUGGGCGCCGCUUCAGAGGGACAGACCCAUCCCUGAAACCAGGGACCCAGCGCGGGAGACCUUGUGUUAGCGAUAUCCGUAUCCGAGACAGGCUUCACGUCUGGAAUUCAGCAGCUAAGCAAGCAGCUGAGAGGCCGGAUGUGGCUCCAGGGCGGGGCCUGGAGGGAGGACAGGGCCCCUGGAGCCGGCGGCAGGGCUGCCCCGUGCGCUCCUCUCCCCCUACCCUGCCCCUGAGGCUUCCCCGCACAGAGGCACAGCGCCCGGACGUCGUCGGCCAGGGUAGCCGCUGAAGACGCCGCCCUGGAGACGUGAAGGAGGUCCCAGCCAGGCAGAGGCCUGGCCUCCUGGUCCUGUCCGCGCCCCGUUCCCUGG